UGCUGAUGGUCUCACAUUCUUCUUGGCGGAGAAUAAUGGGGUAUCUCUUUAUGCAAGUACCAUGGGUCUACCGUAUUGACGUUGACAAUCUUAUAUCUGUAAGGAGUUCAGAAUGGUUGACCGACAUACCUAAUGGGAGACAGUGUCAAGCUUGGUUAGAGUAUGAUUCGGAUUCAAAAAAUCUAAGUGUUUCCUUUACUAAUAUUGAAGACAAUAAUGUUGUAAGGAAGGAUGGACUUUAUUACAACAUUGAUUUGAGGGAUGUGUUACCUGAAUGGGUUAUUUUCGGGUUUUCUGCUUCCACCAGUGCAUAUAGGUUUCAGAAAAACAUUGCAAAAUCUUGGGAUUUUAAUAGUUCUGAUUUGAAAGUUGAUAGAAACAAAGUGUUACCGCCAACCCCUAACCUCAAUCUAGGGAAUGGUAAAAAAAAGAUUGGCGCAAAGAUAUUGGGAUUAAUAGUAGCAAUAGCGGUUCUAGUUACUUUUUUGGCUACAUUGGCAUUUGUUUUAUGGCGGAAAAACAAAAAAUAUGAAGACGAAGUGGAGGAACUUCGAUUAAAUGCAGAAAUGAACAAUGAAUUUGAAAUGCAACCAACUGGCCCUAGAAGAUUUUCACAUGCUGAAUUAGCCCGAUCAACGGCUGGAUUUGCGGAGAAUGAAAUGCUUGGAAAAGGAGGUUUUGGUGAAGUUUACAAAGGCUUUCUAAAAGACUCAAGUACAUAUGUGGCAGUCAAAAGAAUUGCCGAGUAUUCCAAGCAGGGGAUGAAGGAGUUUGCAGCAGAAGUAAGAAUCAUUAGCCAAUUGAGGCACAGGAACAUGGUACAACUUAUUGGAUGGUGCCACGAGAGAGGAAGACUACUGCUUGUUUAUGAGUUCAUGGAAAAUGGAAGCUUAGAUUUACAUCUCUUCCAGGGUAAAAGCUUGCUGACAUGGGCCACAAGGUACAAGAUUGCCCAUGGACUAGCUUCUGCUUUGCUAUAUUUACAUGAGGAAUGGACUCAAUGUGUUUUGCAUAGAGAUAUCAAAUCGAGUAAUCUGAUGUUGGAUUCGAAUUUCAAUGCAAAGCUUGGUGAUUUUGGGUUAGCUAAGUUGGUUGACCAUGAGAAAGGCCAUAAGACAACGGUUGCGGCUGGAACAAUGGGUUACAUUGCUCCGGAAUGUGUAGGUACCGGAAAGGCAAGCAAAGAAUCAGAUGUCUUUAGCUUUGGAAUUGUUGCACUGGAAAUAGCAAGUGGGCGAAAGUCUAUUGACUUAGCAAAAAAAGAAAAUCAAAUAUACUUGGUGGAAUGGGUAUGGGAACUUUAUGGCGCUGGUGAACUUUUAGAAGCCACCGAUCCACAUCUCGGGUCAGAUUUUGAGGAAGAAGAAAUCAAGCGUUUGAUGAUUGUUGGCUUAUGGUGUGCGCACCCUGACUCGAAGCAUCGCCCCUCUAUAAGACAAGCAAUUCAGCUACUGAACUUUGAAGCAUCUUUGCCUGUACUCCCCUCACAAAUGCCCGUUGCCUCGUACAUUAUUCCUGAUGCCAUGGCAGGGGAUUUGUCAAAACCAGCGGUAUCUUCAACACCUUCAUCUUACCAAUUUGGUCGUUAAACACUUUUACUAUAGAUAUAGUAUGCUGGCCUAAUUGUAUCACAUGCCCAUUUGGUUUAUGUAUAUGUAUCUAAAUUUAGUUGCCCUUGUACCCAUCAAUUUCAAAACUAAUAAUAAAAUACGGAUUGUAUGUCUUGAUUUA